UGCUAGGGACUACCUGGGGGUAGCAGCUGCUCCCUGUUGUAUGGGUCCUGACACAGUUUUGGGAAGAUGUGGGUGGUAAGAGGGCCACCACCCUGCAUUGGGACCAGUCUCUGGGCCAGUGUCCCCUGUCUCUUUCGGUCCCUCUUUCUCUGUCUCUCUCCUCGUCUCUUAGUCUCUGUUUCUCUCUGUCUCUCCCGCUCCCCUCCGCUACCGGCACAUCUACGCUUCUGCCCUUGGCCUCACCCACCUUCCUGGGGCUUCCCCAUUAGCAGGAAGUAAGGCCACCCAGUGACUUCUCCCUUUUGGGGCCCUCUCCCUGCCCCCACCUCAAGGCCUUUCACACUCACACACGGGGCAGCUGGUGACAGACUCUGGACUGCUCCACACACUGGGCGACUGAGCUGCACCAGGGCAGUUCCUCACCAGGACCAGGCUUCCAGAACAGGAACGGUCCUUUGUCCCUUCUCCGGAGAGUCUGCAGAAUAGAGCCACACAGGCAUGUCCCGGCGGCUCCUCCUGUCACUUGCCCUCUGGGCUAGCUGCUCCCCUGGCCAUGCAGGGACAGGUCAGAGAAUGGAAAGGGGCCAGGACGACGAAGGGGAACAGAUUCCAAUAGUCCACUCCACUCGGGGUCGGAGGCAGCCUGGGACCCACGGGAACCUGCCUCCAAAACAACAGAACAAGUGUGGGAUGCUCGGUGUGGCCACCCUGCAGCAGAGCCAGCCCUGCCUACAGUCGACCCCCGAGGCUACGUGGUGCACCAUCCCCCACGUGCACCUGUUCUCCACGGUGCCCUACGUGUUAAAUGUCACUGCGCUUCAUCCCAGCGGUGCCAGCAGCAGCCUUCUGGCCUUUGUGGCUGAGCGGAUCAUCAAGCCCGACCCCCCGGAAGGCGUGCGCCUGCGCGCAGCGGGACAACUGCUGCAGGUGCUCUGGCAUCCCCCUGUCUCCUGGCCCUUCCCGGACAUCUUCUCUCUCAAGUACCGCGUCCGCUACCGGCGCCACGGUACCUCUCACUUCCGCCAGGUGGGACCCAUUGAAGCCACGACCUUCACCUUCAGGGCCGCGAAGUCCUAUGCCAAGUACUGUGUCCAGGUUUCAGCCCAGGAUCUCACGGACUAUGGGAAACCAAGUGACUGGAGCCUUCCUGGGCAAGCAGAGGGGACACCCCAGAAAUCCCUGAAGAGGGACUAGGUCUUUGAUAGCCGACCCUGAUGUCGUCUACUUCAAAGUGUCUGGGUGACCUGGCCUGGAUUCAAGUCCUGACUUUGCAAGUGCUGAGAUCCUCUCGGCGCGUUGACUUGACCUCCCCGGACAUCAAUUUCCAAAUCUGUGGAGAUAGUAUUUCUCCUUCCAUCACUUCCGGGCUUUGUAAACUGUAAAUGUGACUUGAUUAGAAAUUUUUAUUAAAUAAGAAUUAUUAGCCUGGCAA